AUGUUUAGUAUUUCAAAAAAGAAUAAGCGUAAAGAAGUUGAUUCGAUAACGCCCAGUUUACCCAGAUUGUCUUCCAAUCCAAAUCAGCAAGGCACGGAAAAGAACUCGCUUCCACCAACAACACAGUGGAAUUACGCUUCUAGAUCGUCGUCUAUAUCAACUGAAGAUCGCGGUAGUAUCCAUGGUGUAAACAAGUUCGAUUCUCGAAAGAAUUCAAUGGAUUAUGGUGGAUUCACAGAAGCUGAGGUGCAAGAGUUGUUUGAAAAGAUGCUGACACGUCGAGGUAUUCAUGAUACCUCUGCUCGGUCUGUCAUGCUAGGCUUCUCCACAGAAAAGAAGUGGUUAAUGGUAUCGCAGGACAAACAAGCUGAUUCCACAGCACCCACACCAUCUUCUUCCUCCUCCAUCAUUGCCAACAGCAAUACAGAGAAUGCCAUUGCAGACAAGAAUUCUCCUGAUUUCUAUAUCGACAAAUUUUUGGAACCAGAUAUGCGUGGUGUCACUCCUCGAUUGGUGGCUCAUCUAGCAGUGAGUUUGAGAACAAUGCCAUUGAGCUGGGUCAGGCAAUUUAUCGAGUCAAAAGGGCUGCAAAUCAUCACCAACAUCAUUGGGAUAUUGAACAAGAGAGACCAAAAAACCGAAGCGGACCUUCAGAUGGAAGUCGAAAUUCUCAAAUGCUUUAAAUCGCUGAUCAACAAUAGAUGGGGCGCUCGUGAAGUCAUCUCUCAUCCUGAGUGCAUCUAUCAUAUUGUGCUGUCACUCGUAUCACCACCUAUUCAAACAAGAAAAUUGGUUUGUGAAAUCUUAGCGUUUGUGUGUCACGUUGAUUUACCAAAGGGGCAAGAAAUUGUACUCAAGGGUCUGGAUAAGCUCAGCGAACAUUUGGGCGAGUUUGGGAGAUUCGAUGCUUGGUUAAAAUUGCUAGAUGCCACACUAGACGGUAGAGGCAGAAUGGGGAGUUUGGUAGGCGCAAGUGAAGAUGUCAAGCGAUUGGCUGGCAGUGGUGCUCCUGAUAAUCAUCUCGCUGAUUUCGCUUUGUCCAACAUGAUGCUGAUCAACUCGCUUGUUACAGUCAUUGAAGAUGUGGAAGUGCGAGUGCACCUGAGAAACCAGAUGAACGCCAGUGGAUUGGAUUCUAUCACGGAAAAGAUGCUCGAUUUCAACAAUGAACAGCUAAAACGACACAUCAACAUUUACAAGCAGAUGAGCGAGAAUGAUGUGGACGAAAUUAUGGAAAUCUACAACGAGACCAUUUUGACCAACAUGAAUGAUCCUCGCGCUUGCUUCGAGCGCAUUUUGGAGAGAGUGGAAGGGACACGCAGUUAUAACUUCUUUUUGAGCGCAUUACAACACAUGCUGAUGAUUCAGGCACAGGGCGAUGUUCAAGUGCGGUACUUUCAGAUCUUGGACAAACUAAUAACCCAAGUCGUGAUGGACCGAAAGGGAUUGACGCAGGAAAAUUUAUCUGGCGGAGGCAUGGGAUGGUCAGUCUCCAUGCUGAUUGACAAAUUUGCAGAACAAGAUCAGCUGGAUAAAGCAUUGCAAGACGCCAAAGAGACCAAGCAAAUGUACGAGAAAGCCAUCAAAGAAAAGCAGGAGUUGGAGACCCAAAUCAACCUCAAAGGCGAGGGGCUGAUUGGUGUGUUGCGCGACAAGACCAACUCGCUAGAGGACCUGUUACGCAUGUCUCGUCAUACAAUUGCCACUUUACAACGGAAACUAAAAGACACACAGCAAGAAUACGAAAUGAACAUUACUGCUCUGGAUCAACAGCUCAAGGAAAUCUACACGACAGCAGUGGAUGCCAACAAGAAGGACAGUGUGGUACAAGAUACUCAGAAUGGACACUUUGUGUUGGGAAGAGAGGAAGUGACUAGAGCGUACGACAGGUUAAAGGCGCAGGCCAUUUUAGAGGGAAAGCCAGGAGAAGACGAAGGAGGGGAAACCAUACCGCGAGCAGAAGGAUUGUCAGACACAUUCAAAUCAUCGUUACAAGGUCAGUUGGGUGGUGGUCCAGCUGGAUUUGUUGUACCUGGUACAGCGCCCUUGAUGGGAACCACUCGACGUGUGCCUGUUGGCGGCGGACGAAAGAAUUGGCUAACAGAGGCAGCUGCUACAGAGCUGGGAGGUGAUGCUGAAAAGAAGGAUGGCAUCAAGAUGAAUAUCGAGUACAAGGAUCAGCUGAACCAGCUCUUGAAGGAUCAAGAUAGCAAUGUAGAAGAUUAUCAAGAUGACAAGCCGAUUAGUGCACUGGCUGCAGAAUUGGAACAUAAGCUAAGACAACACAACAACACUACUAAUAACACAACACUCCCAGAAGCAGGCGGAUUAGUUUCAAUUACAGAGGCCGAGCCUGCUGUCACUCUGGAUCACACCAACACAGAGCGUAACUCGAGCAUCGUAACAUCAGACACGCCAAAUGCUGUAUUGCCACCACCACCACCUCCACCACCACCACCACCACCACCGAUGGUGUCGAAUCACGUCAAGGUAGAAGCACCAUCACGUUGCGACAUUCCCAUGUCCAACACACUGCCUCCACCACCGCCACCGCCUCCACAGCCCGACACAACAAACGCAACGAGCAUCCCACCUCCACCUCCACCUCCACCACAGCCAGGCACUGGCACAGCAAACGCUACUGGAGCCGCUCCACCACCUCCACCACCACCACCUCCACCCCCAGGAUCGGGACCUGCCACAUCCGCUGGUGGCAUGGCUCCUCCACCGCCACCACCACCUCCAGGACCUGGUGGGCCCAACGCGCCACCUAUGCCGGUUGCGCCCUCACGUAAAAUACUUCGUCACCAACCUAAUGUCAAGACGAGAGCUUUGCAAUGGACUAAGAUUCAGGCCAAUUUUGUUGGAAAGACUGUAUGGGGGGCUAGUGAUGUGGAUGAAGUCGCCUUGGAAGAUGAGCUGGACACACUGGGCAUCUUUAAUUCCAUCGAAGAGCUGUUUGCACAAAAGGUGAUUGAACGCAAAAAGAAGAUGUUCAAAGAAAAGAAGGAGGAGAUUCGUAUUUUGGAUGCAAAAAAGGCGUACAACAUCAACAUUGCCUUGCUAUCCAAGCUAAAGCACUUGUCUUUUGCUCAGGUACGACAAGCGUUUUUGGCGGUUGAUGACGUUGUGAUCACUGAGAAUCUGCUCAUCAACUUGCAAGCAAAUAUACCUACGCCCGAAGAGCAAGGUAAGUUAUCUGUAUUUGUCAACAAGGCGUCUGAUGAGGAUUUGGAGCAACUGUCCAAGCCAGAUACCUUUUGUGUCGAGAUGCUCAAGAUUGAGCGAUACAAGGAAAGAGUGGACAACAUGCUCUUCCGUGCCACCUUUGCAGAGAAACACCAGCAAUUGUCUCGCAAUAUGAGCGCUGUGUUGGAAGCAUCCAUUGCCAUCAAAGACUCGCAAUCGUUUAAAGAGCUGCUCAAAUUUAUCCUGGUGAUGGGCAACUUUAUGAAUGGCACGACAUUCCAAGGCGGUGCCUUUGGUAUCCGCAUUGCCAGUAUCAAUAAACUGGUCGACACCAAGGGUACAGAGGGCAAUACUACAUUGCUUCACUUUUUGGUAGAUUCAGUCGAGUCCAAGUUCCCUCGUCUCCAUGGAUUUUUGGACGAUCUUCAAGAAAGUGGCAACGCGUGCCGAGUAACACUACAGGACAUGGUCAAGGAUUACAAUGAGAUUCGCGUGGGACUACAAAAGCUGAUUGAGGAACUGGAAAACCACUAUCCGGAAGAAGAUCAAGACGAUCAAGACGACAAUGCAUCCAGCGAUAUUGACAAUUACUGCCAAAUCAUGCGCAGCUUUAGAAACGACGCCAUUGAAAAGUUUGAGGAGCUGGAAGUGAGAUACACAUCCAUGGACGUGGCCUACAGAGAUGUGGUCACCUAUUUUGGUGAAAACCCGGAUCAGAUGAAGCCUGACGAGUUUUUUGGCAUCUUCAAGACAUUCACAUCGAGCUGGGAGCGUGCCAUGGCUGACAAUGUCUCUGCUAGAAAGAAACUGGAGAACAUGGAGAAGGCAAGACGAGCAGAAGAAGAGCGCAAAGAGCGGAUCAAGGCACAAAAGCUGCGUGGGGUGGAUACAAGUGAUGCAAACCAAUCUGGACUGGAUGAAGACAUUAUGGACAAUCUGCUCGACAAAUUACGAGCAGGAGAGAUUGAUACCAACAUAAAACGCACUCGAAAUAACGAGAGAUCCAACACAUCGCGGGAGAAGCGCAUGCAAAAGAGUGAAUCAGUGGCUAUAUUGGCUGAGGAUCUACUGAAAUCCAUUCAAUCUGAUAAUGACGCCAUAACAGGAGGAUCGCCCUCAACGUCAAGAAGCCGUUUGGCUGCAAGGAGAAACAAUGGAUCUCGGGCUGCACUACUAGAAGAAUUCACUGUAUAA